AUGGACAGGCGCUCGUGGAUUGAGCGACGCUGGCAGGCGCUCGCGGCAGUUGGCAACCCGGCGUGGAUGCUGGGCUACAUCAGAGCGCGAAGGCGGAGGCUCAUGAUGCUGGAGCAGGAGUUGGGCUCGGACGCCUCAUCAUACGACGCGUCCGACGACAACUCCGAGUCUUCCGAGGGGCUUAUGGACGAAGACAGCGAGCCAAGCUCGGCCGAGGGAGCCGUGUCGUCGACGGGCUCGCGCGGGGACCACUGGGAGGGCGAGUACACCGUGCACGGCGACCCCGUCGGCCCCGGACGCAUGAUGUAUGCGGACGGGGGAUACAUGGAGUGCUGCUACGACGAGCACGGGCGCCCUGAGGGCGCGUACCGCAUCGUCGAUCCGCGGGGCGAGCUGCGGCGCAGCGGCGAGUUCUGGGCGUCCGCGAAGCGCCCCGGCCGCGUGCGCGUCGCGUUUGAGGACGGCGGCACCGUUGCUGCGGGGGCGGAUAUGGGCAACGCGCCGCACGGGCGCGGCACGUACAGCUACCCGGGCGGCGACGUGCGCGUCCGCGGGCGCUGGCACCACGGCACGUUCGUCGAGGGCGUGUCCGAGGGCCCUACGGCGGCGAGCUGCGGGAUCAAGCUCAGGCGCGGCCCCGGCACGCCGACCGCGCUGCCGGCGGACCCGCUCACGCCGGACCCGUACGAGGCGUGGACGGUGCGCGUGGGCGCGUCGAGGAUCGCGGGCGCCGGCGAGGGGCUGUUUGCGCGCCGCGACGUCAGCGCCGGGGAGCUGUGCGCGCUGUAUUCGGGGAUGCGGUGCGCGCAGGCGGAGGUGGACGCGCGGGAGUGGGACGCGUGCGAGAACACGCUGUCGCUGGACGCGGGCCAGGAGGGCCUGUCGGACGGUGAGGACAUGGAUGUGGACGCGCCUGUUAUGGACGUGCCGAGCGGCGGCGGGCGGCGCGCGCCGCGGUACUGCGCGAGCCUGGGGCACAAGGCGAACCACUCGUUUCUGAACAACGCGAGGUACGCGCCGCUCUUCCACCCGCGCCACGGCGCCAUCAAGUGCGUCCGCGCAAUCAAAGACAUUCCUGCGGGACAAGAGAUUACCGUCCGAUAUGAUUACGACCACGGCUGGGGGAACUGGCCGCGCCCGAACAAGCCGGUCAGUGCGCGCGAUGCGCGCGUCAUGCGCGACAUCAUGCGCACCGUCGCCGCGCCGGAGUGGUACGUGGAGCUGCUACGGCAGUGGUUGUGCGCGGGAGUGCCGCCCGCGCUCCUGGACGACGUGGCGUCGGACAUCCCGGCCGCGAUGGGCAAGCGGUUUCCCGCGGAGCUCCGCGGCGCCUGA